CGCAACGACACUAAUAACUGUCAGUAGGCGUAUAAAAGCAGUUACAGAGUAGCACUCCAGAAGAAACCAAGUGACAUCAAGGAACAAAAAGUAAUUUGGCAAAAGUUUCGAAAUGUCAGAAUUGUACGGCGAGAGUGUGAAUGGCACAAAGAUCGAGGAACAUCUAGAAGAAAGCAUAGUCAGUCAAGAUGAUUAUAAAAAGAUAAAGCAGGAGAAUGAGAAUUUUCGGCAGGAGUUGCAUGUUCUGCGACUCAAAUUGGAAACUUCUGACGCGUUUAUAAGAGAUCUUCAGGAUUCUGAAGAGAUUUUGGAAAAUAAUCUUAAAGAAUACGUACGACAAACAACCGUAUCAUCUGCUGAGGAAAAAGAAAAGUAUAAAGCUAAGCAACAAGAAUAUGAAAAUCAUAUUAUAAAUUUAGAAACAAAUCAAGCAUCAAGUGAAUUAAAAAUUAAAGAAUUACAGGAAGAGCUAAAAAAAUAUAAAGAUUUAGUAAAUAACCAACUACAUAAUACAAAGGCAGAUAAUUUAACAGUAUAUAAAGAGGAACUUAGGGAAGUACAUAUGCUGCUUAAAAAUGAAAAAAAGAAGUUUCUUGAAAAAGAAAAAAAUGAAAUGGCAUUAAUGGAUAAACUUGCACACACAGAGGUUCAAUGUAAAGAACUUCAACUUGACUUAAAAAAAACCACAAAGGACCUGGUGGAAAAAAAUAAAGAAUUGGAAAACGCACGGGAAACUGCUAAAGAAUUAGCCAUAAAACUUGAAGAACUGGAGUCAUCAAAUAUAAUUCCUGCUAGUGAUAUGUGCAAAGGGAAUUCCUUAUUUGCCGAAGUCGAAGAUCGUCGACAAAUGUUACUGGAUAAAAUGAAAGUACUUUCGACUAAAUACAACGAAGCAAAGCAAGCACUGGAUUUAAAAACAAGUGAAAUCAAGUUUCUGAGGGCAGAGAAAAUCGCCAUUUCCAAGAAAUGGGAAACUGAUAUAAUUGAUACAUUGCAAGAGAAUGCAGAUCUUUUGGAUAAGUAUAAGAAUAGAAUUUUUGAUCUUGAGAGUAAGUUGAAGGCUGAAAUGAGGAAAAAUGAUGAAGUGGAAGAAACACAAUCUACAAAUAACUUUAAUUACGCUCAAUUAUUAUUAACCGCUAAAAAGAAAGAGCUCAAGGAGUUGAAUGAAAGAAUUGAGAAGCAAACUAUGCAAAUGCUGAUGCAAGACGAAGUAAACAAUAACAUCUCAAGACAGCUUCGUUACUGGCAAUCUAAAGCAAAGUUUUUGGAAGCUCAAAACAGAGCUAUAAAAGAUCAACUGGAAAUGCAAGAUAAAUAUGGUAAUAAAAUACUUCUUGAAUCUAUUAAAAAUUGCACAUUUUCUGGUGAUGUAAAUUUUGAAAAGAUCUGUGGUGAUUCACUUACACCUCAUGAGUUUGUACCAGAGAAUAUUCUCAAAUCUGAACUUGUAGAGCAAGGAAAUUCAACAGAGGUGAUAGAGAAGCCAGUAGUCGACUCUGCAAACAAACAGAGAGAAAAUAGAAGAUUUGUAGAUUUUACUAGUGAUACUAAAAACUCUGAUUGUGAAAGUAAACCUUUGAAAAAAUAUGAAAAAACGAAAAAACGUGACUAUCCUGUUAUAAUUCAUACAAUAGAUAAUGAUAAUUUAAAUUAA